AUGUUACUUCAGAAACAAAUUCCAUUGACAUUUCGUAGAAUCAAAGAUGUAAGAUGGUCGAUUAAAGAUAAAUUAGAACAAUAUCGUGGAAUUCUUAAAUUAUAUGCACGUGAAAAGAAAAUAAGAUUGCAGGAUGCUGCGAAAUUGAAGAAGAAAAUAUCAUGGCAGUUAAAUAUAUACAAACGAGAUAUAAAGAAUUAUCGCCAAAUUGUUAACGAAAUAACGAAAGCAACUCCAAAAGGUCACGUAUAUAGUUUGUUACAAAGUCGCAAAAAUUUAAGAUUAAAGUAUCACGGCCGAGAAACACAACACAUUUACGAUUCUAUUUACGAGGAAAAUCAUCGAAAACGCUGUCAAUUAGAUAAGCUUCGUUACGAGAAGAAACGAAAGAUGAAACAAUGUUUCGAGCUACAAGUAGAACAUGCAGAAUUGUGCAACAUCUACAAGGAAGAAAAAGACGAACCAUGGACUCUAGAUCGAGCGCAACAAAGAUUGGUGUCGCGAUAUCAAAAGUCUAUUGCAAGACAAAAUGCGGCAAAAGCGAUUAAUUUAACGUAUACUUAUAUACUUGAAAUCUUAAGAAAGGAUGCGGUGUAUCAUGAAACCUUGUUGGAUUCGUUGAAUCAAAAUCGUACGAGUCAAUGUAAAGUGAUACUUCGAACAACGAUAAUGGGUCAACUCGCAACCGAAGAAACGAAUGACAUCGAAUUAAAGUACAAACGUAUAGCGCAAAACGUUUGGAGCAACAUGAAAGAGAGGGAACAUAUGCUGGCGUUUGUACGUGAACAAGUUGAAGACUUAUGGUCGUUCGCGCAAUCCCUCAUUCGCACCGAAAGCGAAGCGAUAUUAACCACAGAAGUUAUCCGUGCUGGAAUUACAUCGAACGAAGCAUUAGAAAAACAGAUAAGAUCUUUGGAAGAAAUAUUCGGUAGAAUCAAGAAUUCGUUGCUCGUACAUUCCUAUCAAGAAUUGCUCUUAAGGUUGGAAGAACAAAUGAAGCAACGAACACGAUUGCUGGAACAAUUUAAUCGCAACGUGAAAGAGCGCGAUUCGUUGUUAAGUAAGAAAAAUGAGGCAUUAUCCACUCUGUCUAAUUUCGAGCAUUCCCUUGUAGCUAGUGUAGAAGAAUAUAACGCGGACAAGAAUAUUUUGCUAGAACAGAUUGCGAUGCAAAAGAAGCACGAGCUUGAGCGCAAAAAUUUGAAGAAAGAACGAGGUGAAUUACUGAUGGACAUAAGAGCAGCGUUGCAGAACAUGGUAGCGAUGUUGGUUUGUGUUAAAAGAGGUAAUAGAAUAGCAGCGAAAAAGCCAAUAGAAGAAUCCGAAAAACAAUUCGACAUACCAAUGAUAGAAAAGAUGGAAGUAGAAGGUUUAGCACUAUUAUCGACAGUUAGUCGGAAAGUAGGAGCGCUCUUUGGAAUGAGUAAUUUUGAAUUUGACAAGGACAGAGAAGAAAAAGCGAAAGAUCUGUAUCAAACUUACGUUUCCAAUUACCGCUCAACGAUCAAGUUCAAAGAUGCAGAGGUGGAACCAACAGGUCUAAUCGUUGAGCAUGAAGCAAUUGAUCCUUCGGUACCAACGCGAGCAGAGAUUAAAUUAAAAAGUAAACAAGCCGUGGAAGCUUAUUUAAGACUGGAGUGAUGCCAUUCUCUGUUUUAAUUCCAUCGUCGUAAAAUGCAAUUACAACGUCUACGUGUAUAUCUGAAUAAAAAGCAUGAAAUCAA